UAAGCUCAUAAAGCAGUCAUUGUGAAGAACAUUUUGAGCAAUUUUUCUGUCCCAUCAGUAGAAGAAAAGUCAACAGAGGACAUCCUUUUGUGUGUGUGUCUCACUGAGUUUUUAUAACUCAGCUUAGUAAUGAAGCCAUCAUUAUGUCCUCAGACAGUGAAGUAAAUGUUGAUAUCAAAUAUUUCCUAAUGAGCAUUAAUUUGGAGCAGUAUCUCUUACAUUUUCGUGAGUUUGGUUUUAAUACUGUGAAGGACUGUGCAGCCAUAAAUGACAGCGUGCUACACAAAAUUGGAAUAUCACCUACAGGACACCGUAGAAGGAUACUUAAACAGUUACAGAUAAUCUUGUCAAAAAUGCAAGAUAUCCCAAUAUAUGCAAAUGUUCACAAAACAAAAAAGAAUGAUGACGCUUCAAAGGAUCACCAUGCUCCAUCUUCUCAUCAGAAUACCCAUGUAGAACUUUCAGAAUCAGGUAGUGUUCAGACACCUAGCCCAUUGCCAUUGGAGAGUGUUACAAAAAAUCUUGAUGGAAAUGAUGUUAGUGUGGAAAAUAGCCAGUCUCUUAAUACAGAUGAUAAGUGGUCUCUUCCUGAACAUGACUUUCCCAUUUCAGAAGAACCACACUUGAAUUUGGAUUCUUUGCGUGAUUCUUUAUUUGGUAGUGAAAACGUUAAAAUAGAAUCUUUGACUACAAAGAAGACUAUGAAUUUCACAAUUGAAGAACAACAAACAGAAAAAUCUAAUUUGAACUCAGACCCUGAUUGUCUUUCUCCCAUUGGCUGUUCAGCAUCAGGAGAAAAUUCUGGAAAUGGAACUAAUGGUAUAUUAGAAAGAUCACCACCAUCCCCAUUUUUUAAGUUUCAAGGAGAAAUGGUUGUAAAUGAUUUGUAUGUUCCAUCAUCACCAGUCCUAACACCUAUGAGAAGUCGUAGCAAGUUAGUUUCAAGACCAACCCGAUCUUUUCUGCUAAGACAUCGGCCUGUGCCAGAUAUCCCAGGGUCCACAAAAGGAAUUUCAGGCAGCUAUUUCCGUGAUAGAAGAAAUGUUGCUAUCUCAACUGGAAAAUCAGCAGCAUGGCAAAAUUCAAAUGAGGAGAAUUCAUCUUCCAUAUUUCCUUAUGGAGAGACCUUUCUCUUGCAGAGACUAGAAAAUUCUAAGAAGAGAUCUAUAAAGAAUGAAUUUUGGACACAUGAAGAAACACUGAAAGGGGAAACAACUACUGGAGGGAACUCUUUUAUCAUCAAAUCAAGCAUAUAUGAUAACAAGAAGGAGGGAGUAAGUGAAGAUAAAGUGGAAGAUAUUUGGAUACCUCGAGAGGACAAAAACAGUACUCUGAUAGACCCUCCUUCUGAAUCCGAAUACUCAACAGUAGAAGAAUGCUUUCAGAGUUUAAGAAGAAAAAAUUCAAAGGCAUCUAAAUCUAGGACUCAAAAAGCAUUGAAUUUGGACCCUGCUAACAGGCACAGUUAUCCAUUAAGCUCAACGAGUGGAAAUGCUGAUUCAGCAGUCACUUCCUCGAAUGCAAUAUCUCCCUAUGCCUGUUUUUAUGGAUCGUCUGCAAAGAAAGUUAAAUCAGGAUGGCUAGACAAGCUCUCUCCUCAAGGAAAACGCAUGUUUCAGAAGAGAUGGGUGAAAUUUGAUGGCCUUAGCAUUUCUUACUACAAUAAUGAGAAGGAGAUGUAUUCAAAAGGAAUAAUUCCCCUUUCUGCCAUAUCAACAGUACGAGUUCAAGGAGAUAAUAAAUUUGAAGUUGUUACAACACAAAGAACUUUUGUUUUUAGAGCAGAAAAAGAAGAGGAGAGAAACGACUGGAUCAGCAUACUAUUGAAUGCACUGAAAUUACAAUCCUUUACCUCACAGUCUCAAGCAGUUGUUACACCUGAGAAAUGUGGUUACCUGGACUUGAGAGGGUAUAAAGCCAAAAUUUUUACUGUAUUGAGUGGAAACAGUGUGUGGCUUUGUAAAAAUGAACAGGAUUUUAAGAGUGGGCUUGGUAUUACCAUAAUUCCUAUGAAUGUAGCAAAUGUAAAGCAAGUGGACCGAACUGUGAAACAGUCUUUUGAAAUAAUCACUCCCUAUAGGAGUUUCAGCUUUACAGCCGAGUCUGAAAAAGAGAAGCAAGACUGGAUUGAAGCUGUGCAGCAAUCGAUAGCAGAAACUCUCUCUGAUUAUGAAGUAGCUGAGAAGAUUUGGUUCAAUGAAUCCAACAGGAGCUGUGCAGAUUGUAAAGCCCCGGAUCCUGAUUGGGCAUCCAUCAAUCUCUGUGUUGUCAUCUGUAAGAAGUGUGCAGGACAACAUAGAUCUUUGGGACCCAAAGAUUCGAAAGUUAGAAGUCUAAAAAUGGAUGCCAGCAUUUGGAGCAAUGAACUCAUUGAACUUUUUAUAGUCAUUGGAAACAAAAGAGCAAAUGACUUUUGGGCUGGGAAUCUUCAAAAGGAUGAAGAAUUACACAUGGACUCACCAGUAGAAAAGAGAAAAAACUUUAUUACUCAGAAAUAUAAAGAAGGAAAAUUCAGAAAGACCCUUUUGGCAUCUCUCACCAAAGAAGAAUUAAAUAAGGCUCUGUGUGCUGCUGUAGUGAAACCGGAUGUUCUAGAAACAAUGACUUUACUGUUCAGUGGAGCAGAUGUCAUGUGUGCAACCGGAGACCCUGUGCAUAGCACCCCCUAUCUACUGGCCAAGAAAGCUGGGCAGAGUCUUCAAAUGGAGUUUCUCUACCAUAACAAAUUCUCAGAUUUCCCUCAACAUGACACUCAUUCCGAGGGUGGAUUAAGUCAAGAGUCUUCCCAGUCCACAUUCCUCUGUGACUUUUUGUAUCAAGCACCUUCCGCUGCUUCUAAACUCUCUUCAGACAAAAAGCUGCUCGAAGAGACAAAUAAAAAGUGGUGUGUUUUGGAAGGAGGCUUCCUGAGCUACUAUGAAAAUGAUAAGUCUACCACACCUAAUGGCACCAUUAAUAUCAAUGAAGUUAUCUGUCUGGCUAUACACAAAGAAGACUUCUACUUAAAUACUGGGCCCAUCUUUAUCUUUGAGAUCUACUUACCCUCAGAACGUGUAUUUUUAUUUGGAGCAGAAACAUCUCAAGCUCAAAGAAAAUGGACAGAGGCAAUAGCCAAGCAUUUUGUUCCCUUAUUUGCUGAAAACUUAACAGAAGCUGACUAUAAUUUGAUUGGCCAACUCUUCUACAAAGACUGCCAUGCUCUGGAUCAGUGGAGAAAAGGCUGGUUUGCUAUGGACAAGUCUAGUUUGCAUUUUUGCCUUCAAAUACAAGAAAUUCAGGAAGAUAGAAUGCACUUAAGAAGACUGCAAGAACUAACAAUCAGCACAAUGGUUCAAAAUGGGGAAAAAUUGGAUGUCUUACUCUUGGUAGAAAAAGGGAGAACGUUGUACAUCCAUGGGCAUACCAAGUUGGAUUUCACAGUCUGGCAUACUGCAAUUGAGAAAGCAGCAGGUACAGAUGGUAAUGCUCUGCAGGAUCAGCAGCUCAGCAAAAAUGACGUGCCCAUUAUUGUGAACAGCUGCAUAGCAUUUGUUACACAGUAUG